AUUCCCUUUGCUUGUGCUCGGGUUCGCUACGACCAACACGAAGCAAUUCUGUAAACAAAGUCCAUCUUCCAAAUCUAAAAAUCAUAUAAUUUAUUUUGACAUGUCUUUUUUCAGUGGUGCCCAUGAUACUCCCCAGUACAAGAUCAUUUCUGUUAACUCUCACAGUGGGCUGGUGUUGUUUAGAGGAAUUCCCAUCAUCUUACUUGGAUAGAACAGGGCAUUUGGGAAUACGAUCCACCGCAAAAUUCUUCAUGAAUGCAGCGUUCUUGGCAUUUCGGAAUGGAUAUUUUGACCGUGCUAACAUUGAUAAUGAUUAUACACAUGCCUUUUUCCUCGUAAGCCAGAGUCUGAGACUGUCAAAUCAUCUUUAUUGUGACAUUGUACGCUUAUCGUCGUCCGAUCUUCUUGUGGCGAGUCGAGCAGCUGCAGUAGGGCGCACAUCUAUGACCAAUCUGUACAUCCUGUCAUGCGCAGAUACAAAAGUAGAGCUUGCCCGUUGCGUAACCGCUCUCGUCAUGACGAAUGUGGACACCAGACGCCCAACUCCACUGCCCAAGUGGUUCAAAGUAAAACAUACGUCUGCUACUAGUGCUAACUUUGAUCUUUUACAAAAUGAAGUCAAAACAAGUCGAGAAUUUCAGCAAGUUCCCGAAGAGUGUUUCCGGAGUGAAGUGAAAACCAGAUAUAGUGACACAGACUUCAACAACCAUGUCAAUCAGACAGAAUACAUACAGUUCUGUCUGGAGGGUGUAGAGGAAGCGUCUCAGUCCGGUUAUUAUAGACACUUCACGUCAGAUAUACUCUUGUACCCAGUUCUAGAGUUCGAUAUCAUACAUCUCGGCGAAUCUCGCGCCUGCGAGAUAUUGACGGUUUCCACAUGGCAAGAUAAAACAAACGACCAAUUAGUGCAUUUCUCUAUUCAUAAUAAAUCGUCGUCGAAAUGUGUUGCUGUCGCUACGAUCAAAUUUGGUUCCCAAUCAUUGAGAACGCCAGCAAGUUCUAGUCUGUAGAUUUGAAUGAAAUGUGUAAAUAUUAGACAUGAAAAUAUAGGCAAAGUAUCGCGUUUGGAGAUAAUUGUUUUAAAUGUAUUGUUGUUUUAGUAUUGCAAUGCAUUUUGACGUUAGAAAGCUUGCAUAGUCGUUUACUCGAGAGGAAUGGCUUGUAUCGAUUCUACAUUCCUGAAGUUUAUUACAAAAUUCACAGAACGUAUUUUGUUGUCUAAAUAACUUUAUAAUUCUGAUCAAUGCCUGUCUUAUUACUGCGACCUUGACCAAAGGCUCUCGACAUUGCUAAAUGGCAUAUACCAAAUAUUGACAUUAUCUGGACAUGAACAUUCCACUGUAUAUUAUCAUAAUGAGUUUAGUAACAAUGGAAUCAAAAUGAAUGAAAGUAACUAAUAAAUAAUAUGAAAGCUUGAUUUUGGUAAGUGUUCAUUGUAAUACGACGAGACGUAUUGAUUGUCCAAAAGGACCAAGAAAGGCGUACAACUAGAAGAUCGGCUAUUUUGUUUUCUUCACACCUGUAAGUAGGCUUCAAUGACCAUAAGUGGGCCGUGUGAAUUAAUA